GCUUUGCAGGCUGGCUUGCUUUGUCUCAGACCUCUUGCGAGGGGCCGAAAAAUUGGUUCAUGGUGGCAAUCUAAUCGUUAAAACCGCAGCAGCAAAAGCCUCCUUCCAUAGCAGAGAGAAUCGAAUCAUCGUUGCUGUUGUUGCCAUAUUGCAAAGAACAGCAGAUCACGAGUACCUGUUGCGAUUGGAGUCUUUGCCAAGUCAUUAGGCCGACAUACCCUGAAGCCUUCCUACAGCUCUUGAGGAACUUACGACAUACUCAGUAUAUUGAAGCCAAGUCAAUUCCAUCAUCGGAACGCCUCCUUUCCCAUUGUGUCGUGCUCAGAGACCCAAGCCAAGAGAAUCAUCGACGUUUGUGGAUCCUCGCCUCAGCCUACCACUACCUAUUGUUAACUAGCAGAGUGUGUCGCCACCAUGGCUUACUUUCAACAACAUGCCCCGUACCACCAUCAGCAGCAGCAACAGCGUCACCCGAUGAUGCAAGGCAACGGCUAUCCACAGCAUCAUAGCUCUCCGUAUCAUCAGCAGUCGUAUGGUCAUCCACCACCGGAUCAGUAUCACCACCAUCAGCAGCAGCAGCAUCAUCAGCACCAGCAUCAGUACAAUCAGCACCAUCAAUAUGGCGGUCAUCAUCAUCAUCAACAACAGCAUCAGCAGCAGUACUAUCCUCCCAUGAUGGAGACGGAAGAAGACCGUUUGGAGGCCGCUGCGGCGAACGAAUUGUUGGAUGCGGACAGUAAGCACGAAAAUAUGUUGUCCAUUGACUUUUUGCCUUGUCCCAACACGGUCAUUGUAGGGAGAGGCAGGAAGGUGGCCCAACAUGCCGGGAAUGUUCGUUUCCGAGAACUCGUCAAGAAGGAGUUGACCGAGUACAGUGCCGCCACCACCAAGGCACACAAAUCCAGUAUCAUCCAGCGCGUCUUGACGGAAGUUAGACUCAGGUCGCAUCAUGCGUUUGUCAAGCAGAAUUUGACGACGCAGCGCUGGUAUCGUGUGGAGGAGAAUGCGCAACGAAUCACGACGGCACAAGCCUUUCGCGAUGCUCUCAAGGACAAUUACAAGAGCAGUCGUGCACACAAGAAAUACAAGAGAGAGGAAGAAAAGAAAGAAGGCGGCGAAAAAGUCAAGGGCAAGAAGAAAGGCAAGGGCAAGAAGGAACAAUCGGAUGGGAAAGACAAUAGUCCAUCGAGUAGUCCCAAGCGCAAAUCUACUACUAGCAGCAACAUCAAGUCCAAGGUGGCCGCUCGUGGCAAGGCGUUGUCUCCGAUUCCUCAAGAACCCAUGCAAGACUCGCCGAUGAAGGACGAGCCAGAAGCACCAAAGUCACAUCAACCACUGAGCUGCAGUGACAAGAAGAAACCCACCAUGCCCAUGGCGUUGGACGAUGGGGAAAAGAAGGACGCCAAGAAGAAACCACCGAAAGACAGCCAAGCCGCCAUGGAUAAAAUGCGCGCCAUGCUCGAAGCGCAACAAAGCGACUUGACGGCCGGGAAUUUCACCUGGUGGAAACCAGAAGCCGUUCAGGCCGUUGCACAACCGCAAGUAGUGAAGAUGAUGCCGCCGCCCGCCAGCAAGAAGAGCAGUCGUGGCAGUGGUGGCGACGAUGCCAUCCCCUCAGCGUCAGUGGCUUCUUGUUCGUCUCUACUCUGGAGCAACCAUAGCAAGUUUAGUGAACGAGGCUCUCGUCCUCGAAAGGAACGGGAGUUCAAUUUCAACAUGAGCGGUCACAGCAUCAAGAACCUUAGCAACCACUCCAUCAUGACUAUUAGUGGUCACAGCACACGAAGCAACUCAACCUUUAAUGGUCUCAUGGCCAAAAUUGCUCCAGCGGGCGAUGCAAGCAAUCCCUUUGAACCAAGACCUAUUGCAGCAGCGGUACAAGAACACGAAGAUGGUGUUGCCAUGGACAUUGAAAUGGACGAUGUCUUUACCAGCACGGCUGACAUGGAAGCCAGCAGCAAUUCGCAUUUCCGUACUCAGCCGUACACCGCCAAGUCGUCCACCACAUUUGACGAGGGUAUAGCCAUGGGAUUGGGCAAUUUGUCCGAUCACUCCUUGAUGAGCAAUAUGUCGUCGAUCCACAGUGUCAAGGGAUUCACCCCCGAAGAAAUAUUUGUGGAAUCCAAUCAUACGGCAAAAGACCGCAGCAAUCAUCGGGGUUAUCAUGGUGGAUCUAGAUAUCGAGGCGGGUACGGGGUCGCCAUGUCCUAAAUGGCCGGCUCGUUAGAAUUUUGGAAAGACAGGUGACGGGUUGAUAUCUAUCCCUGCUUGUUGGAUUGGCUAUCAUGCAACGUACAUUUACAUUUAUUGUUUUGGAUGCUUAUUAGGAAGUCUUUUGCACACUGAUAAAAUAAAGAGGAACAGUGGUAGACAACUGACUAGCUAGUGCGACUCUUCGAAAUGACGAGGUGGAUUCCGCUGGCCAGCAUUCUAGUGACCCGAGAGCGAAGACUAGCUAGCUGUUAACUUGUUCCGAGUCGAGUCGAUCGGAGCCCAGGCCGGGGUUCUGUCUAAUAA